AUGAAUAGCAAAAAAGUAGCACGAGAAAUUGUUAUCCUGCUGCUGCUCACCACCAGCUCCAGCCCGUUAGUGCAUUCUCUACGCGCCACACCUCUUCACUUUGGUGUUGCCCGCAACGCCGAUGGCGAUGGCAACGCCAAAAUAGUCAUUUACGCACAGGAUGAGCAGACGCCAAUGCAAACUCAACAACACCAGGACAACGGCAUGCAGUCGACCAAUAGCGCCUCUGACAAAAACACUGCACAAGAAGGCGACUUGGAAAAGGACAGCCGCAAAUUGCCCGACUACCUCUACUCGAAUGCCAUGCCCGUCAUGGAUGAUGACCACAUUAAGUACAUGUUGCCCAGCAUUGGCUACCCCAUUUACGGCGGACCAACACCCAACACCGCAUCCAUACUGGAUAAUCGUCUUACGAACGAUAUGCGUCGCAAUUAUCCCUAUUAUGAGAAUGCUUACCAGCGUUGGUCGCUGGCCGAUCGCCUGCAACUCGGUUUCAAUUUGAACGGCAACACUGGCCUAAAUUUACUAACUUCCUCUGGGAAAGUACCGAAUGGUGGUAUGAAUUCGGAAAAUAAUGGACUGCAGCCGCCUGCCGCUAUUCUGCCCGUUGCGGUUGUGGGACCACCUGGCCCACCGGGUCCACCUGGGCCGCCAGGACCGCGUGGACUUACCGGCGCAACCGGACCUAUCGGAAGGCCAGGACUAACGGGGCGCACAGGUCCGCCGGGCCCACCAGGCCCCCCGGGACAGCAGAUAAACCACGGUCUCAAUCAAAAUCCCAAUAUCUGGUAUGCGGGCAAUGCGAAACCCCUACUCCCAUUGUACCAAAAUGAUCGAGAAUAA